GCAGGAAGUCGAUACGUGGCCGCCGCCAGUGCCUGCUGAGGAGGCGCUGCAGCCGGAGAUGGCGGCGGUGCUGAACGCGGAGCGGCUGGAGGUGUCUGUGGACGGUCUCACGCUAAGCCCGGACCCGGAGGAGCGGCCUGGCGCGGAGGGCGCCCCGCUGCUGCCGUCUCCGCUGCCGUCGCCAUCGUCCCCCGGGUCCGGACGGGGCUCGGGCACCGCGGGCGAGCAGCCGGUGCCCGGGGAGGCGGAGGAGGAGGCGCGGCGGCUGGAGCAGCUCUGGGGCUUCGGCCUGGAGGAGCUGUACGGCCUGGCGCUGCGCUUCUUUAAAGAAAAAGAUGGCAAAGCAUUUCAUCCAACUUACGAAGAAAAGUUGAAGCUUGUGGCUCUGCAUAAGCAGGUUCUUAUGGGUCCAUAUAAUCCAGACACUUGUCCUGAGGUUGGAUUCUUUGAUGUGUUGGGGAAUGACAGAAGGAAAGAAUGGGCAGCCCUGGGAAGCAUGUCUAAAGAGGAUGCCAUGGUGCAGUUUGUCAAGCUCUUAAAUAGAUGUUGUCAUCUCUUUUCAACGUAUGUUACGUCCCACAAAAUAGAGAAAGAAGAACAAGAGAAAAAAAGGAAGGAAGAGGAGGAGCGAAGACGACGUGAAGAGGAGGAAAGAGAACGUCUGCUAAAGGAGGAAGAGAUGCGUAGGCGAGAAGAAGAGGAAAGGCUGAAGCGGGAGGAAGAGGAGAGGAGGCGAGCAGAAGAAGAGCGGCUCCGGCUGGAGCAACAAAAGCAGCAGAUAAUGGCAGCUUUAAACUCCCAGACUGCCGUGCAGUUCCAGCAGUAUGCAGCCCAACAGUAUCCAGGGAACUACGAACAGCAGCAGAUUCUCAUCCGCCAGUUGCAAGAGCAGCACUAUCAGCAAUAUAUGCAGCAGUUGUAUCAAGUCCAGCUUGCACAGCAACAGGCAGCAUUACAGAAACAACAAGAUGUAACAGUGGCUGGGGCUUCUUUGCCUACUUCAUCAAAAGUGAAUGCAGUUGUCACAAGUGAUAAAGUGUCAGUUAAUGGACAGGCCAAAACCCAUACAGACAAUUGUGAAAAGGAACUUGAGCCAGAAGCUGCAGAAGAAGUCCUGGAGAAUGGACCAAAAGAAUCUCUUCCAGUCAUAGCAGCUCCAUCCAUGUGGACCCGUCCCCAGAUCAAAGACUUUAAAGAGAAGAUUCGGCAGGAUGCAGACUCUGUGAUUACAGUGGGUCGAGGAGAAGUGGUCACUGUUCGAGUCCCCACCCACGAAGAAGGAUCUUACCUCUUUUGGGAAUUUGCUACAGACAAUUAUGACAUUGGGUUUGGGGUGUACUUUGAAUGGACAGAUUCUCCAAACACUGCUGUCAGUGUGCAUGUCAGCGAGUCCAGUGAUGAUGACGAGGAGGAGGAAGGUAGAACCAUUGAAAACAUCACUUGUGAAGAGAAAGCCAAAAAGAAUGCCAACAAACCUCUGCUGGAUGAGAUUGUGCCUGUGUAUCGACGGGACUGUCACGAGGAAGUAUAUGCUGGCAGCCACCAGUAUCCAGGGAGAGGAGUCUACCUCCUCAAGUUUGACAACUCCUACUCUUUGUGGAGGUCCAAAUCAGUCUACUACAGAGUCUAUUAUACUAGAUAAAAUUGUUACCAUACCUGGAAUCUAGGGUUGGGCAGAAGAUGGCAUUUAGUCUUUACUUUUGUGGAACGUUGGAGUCAAUGUUUACCUGAAAGAUUUUAGUCUGAUGGUUUGUGAACUCUUGUUGGGAAUCAGGAUUUCCUUGAAACUGUUAGCAUUAAUACUUUGGUGUUGAGUAGGAUUCCUCAAACUCAUCUAGCCCUGGGGUGCUGACCAGCAGAAGUACUAGUGGAUGCUAAAGUUAUAUGAUCUGUAUGUUAAAAUUCAGAGUCCUCAAAACAAAAUAUGCUGUUGCUGCCUGCUCCUUGUACUUUAUUGGAGCCUGUAGUUACAGUGCCCUCUAAUUGGAAGUGCUUAUGUGAAUAUUCUACAUCAGAGGCAGCUGGCUUUGAUUGAAGGUCACCAUUAUUACAACUUAAAAACAGAAGACCUCACAGAUUAUAGUACAAAAAGAAAUUGCUUUAAUUUGAAUUCCCUGAGUGAUGCAGAUUAUUUUUAUUUUAGGUGCACCUGUUUAUGUUUAAUUCAGAGUUAUAUUACAGAGAAUUAUUUUCUGAGAUAAAUUUAGAAUAUUCAGGUCCAAUAGAUAGGUAAAGUGACAGAGUAUAAAAAACACCUCAUAUGAGUUCGAUCCCUGGUACAAAAAUAAUAAUAAUAAUAAAAAUAAAAAACACCUCAGACACCCUUCUUCACAGCUUUCAGACCUUUUCAUUUGGUAUCAUGCCACCUGUACCAAAACAAAACCAACUAAUUUUUGUUAUGAUUUGGCUUUAUAGAGCAUCUCACAUUGAAACUUUUCUACACAAAGUAUAGAAUUUGGAAUUUUGUGAACUCAAACUGAUACUUAAUGAGUUAAAGUACAUAAACUUAUUUAAAAAUAAUUCAGUGUUUGGGGAGUAACAUUAUACUAAUAUGGAAUUCACUGCCAGAGACAGUCCAUUUUCUUUUCAUUUGUUAACAAGGCAAAACCCUACAUGAUUCCAGUUGGACUUAGUAGAAUUGGAAAUGCUUAUACUCAUGCUUACAUUUUAUAGCUUUAAUCUGUAUUUUAUGUCUCUAGUCAUGGGAAAAGUUACAUCUUUUUCUUAAUGAAAACAAAUAUGGAUUAAUUGCUUCAAAUUCAUGUAAGUGAUGUCUAGAGAUUCUUCUUUUAAGAAGGGAGGGUGGUAUAGAUAGAAAAUGACAACACUUAGUGUCAUUGUUACAUAUUGUACUGAAAGAUUUAGACUUAAAAUUUGAAAUCAUAAAACACUUCUUACAGGAGGUAUUCCAUGGUUAGCUACAGUAUAGUUCACUACAUACCAGCUGUUUGAGUUUUUUGUGUGCUGAAUUUAUUUUUUUAAUACCUGGUUUUGUAUGUAUCUAACUUCAUUCCCUUUUGGUUGUUCGGAAAACUGGAUUAUCUUUCUCCUGAGCAGAGCUCAAUUUGUGUUUUUAAAUUUUGAUUGAGAAGUAGUCUCCAUGUCCACACUGUUACAUCCGGAGCGCUUGUUAGCCUGGCCCACAGUGCUCAUCUACAUGUGGUAUAGAAAACUCAGAGUUAGGCACUUCCUGGCUUUUUUUUAAACGAGAAAAAUACUGUAUUUAAAAUGUAAAAUAAACUUUUAAAAAGCA